AUGCUUUAUAUAGCAUUGAGGUGAAGCUCCGAGGAGACAACAUAUCCGACACUCAUCCCUCAGCCUCAACACCAAGUCGGAAGGACGACAUCAUCGUCAGGGACCAUGGCGACCGUUCUGGCAAAGAAUACCUUUCAGAAGGGGGAGGCAGACCAAUCUGCCGUAUCUCUUGAAAGCAUCCCGGCUCUCGGGGCCCCCAUCGAGGAGAAGCGGUUUUGGUUCCAGCGGAAUAAGGAUUUUGAUCCUUUCGCUGUAGCUACUCAACCGAGUGUUUUUGACGACCCAGAUUCGGCUGAGAAGUACCAUCCACGGGAAGACUGGGAGAAUCACCACCGCUUUGAUCCUCUCGCCCGAUGGACAUGGGCCGAGGAGUAUGCUUUGGUACGAAAGAUCGACAUACGAAUUAUGAUAUGGGCCUGUAUCAUGUUCAUGGCACUUGAACUGGAUCGCGCAAACAUCAGCCAAGCGAACACGGAUAAUAUGCUGGGAGAUCUGAAGAUGAGCACCAAUGACUUUAACCUCGGUAACACCGUUUUCAAGCUCGCAUUCCUUUGCGCGGAGUUGCCAUCUCAGCUUGUUUCCAAAUGGGUUGGCCCCGAUCGCUGGAUUCCUGCACAGAUGAUCCUUUGGAGUAUCGUAGCCAGCUGUCAGUUCUGGCUCAACGGAAGAGACUCAUUCCUUGCCUGCCGCGCAUUGCUAGGUCUCCUCCAGGGAGGAUUCAUUCCCGAUAUCAUCCUCUAUUUGUCGUACUUCUACAAGCAUCACGAGCUGUCGCUGAGACUUGGCUUCUUUUGGACCGCCAUGAGCAUCGCGGAUAUCCUUUCUGCGAUCUUUGCGUAUGGAUUGCUUCACAUGCGUGGCGUUCAAGGACAUUCCGGAUGGAGAUGGUUGUUCCUCAUUGAAGGGCUGUUGACACUGGUCAUUGGUAUUUUCGGGUUCCUUUUGAUGCCAGCUGGCCCUUGUCAAACUGCGAGUUGGUUUCGUGGGAAGAAUGGUUGGUUCUCUGAACGAGAGGAAGUCAUUCUUGUCAACAGAGUUCUGCGCGAGGAUCCAAGCAAGAGCAGCAUGCACAACCGCGAGCCAAUCACGCCAAGGUUGCUCUGGGACAGUCUCAAGGAUUACGAUCUGUGGCCCUUGUAUAUCCUGGGCCUGACUUUCCAGAUUCCUAUGACACCUCCAUCACAGUACCUCACCCUGACAUUGAAGAACCUCGGCUUCGACACCUUUCAAGCGAACCUUCUCGCUAUUCCGUGGACCGUUGGUCAUAUGGUCACAAUGCUGGCAAUCACAUACCUGGGCGAAGUCAUCGGCGAACUCACCUUUGUCUCGAUGUCUGGUCAGGUGUGGGCACUCCCAUUUUUGAUCUACCUCAAUGUUGUCGACACAUCCGGAGUCAACAGAUGGGUUCUUUAUUCCGUCAUCACGUUGCUUCUGAUGUACCCGAAUCCUCACCCCAUUCAAGUUGGAUGGAAUAGUCGCAACUCCAAUACUGUUCGGUCAAGAACCGUCUCGGCUGCCUGUUACAACAUGUUUGUACAGACGGAUGGAAUCAUUUCUUCCAACAUUUAUCGGUCUGACGAUGCGCCACUGUACAAACGCGGCAACCGGUCUCUCCUCGGCAUUGUCUGCAUGAACUUGGUUCUUUACCCAUUGGUGAAGGCUUACUAUGUAUACCGGAACAAGAGACGCGAUCGGAUCUGGGAAGGUAUGUCGGAAGAGCAGAGACUUGCAUACUUGGAAACAACAAAGGACGAAGGCAAUAAGCGGUGGGAUUUCCGUUUCAGCCAUUGAGGACUCCAUGAUUACGCAGAAUCUGAAGAUCUUCUUACAACUCUUUCGUCGGGGAUGUCGUGGUACAAAUUAGCGCAACCGUAUCUGUUUCAUCUCGGAUAUAUACAGAAAUAUCCAGAUCAAUGGGAAAUGAUAUACACUCCAGAUACGACUCGCUGA